AUGGGACCUGAGGAGGAAAUGAAGCCAGGGAACCAAACCAUCCUUGCUUACUUCUUACUUUUGGGGUUUGCCUUCCAGGGCAAGGUGUGGCUUCUAUUUUCCAUGCUGAUAUCCAUCAUGUUGCUGGCCAUCUUGAUAGGGAACUCCCUAAUUGUUGUGAUCACCACUAUUGACCCUGUCCUGCACACACCCAUGUACUACUUCCUGAAGCAUCUUGCCUUGACAGAGAUCUGCUACAGCCUGAGCGUUGUCCCCAGGAUGCUCAUGAUCCUCCUGCUGGAGAGAAAAGUUAUUUCCUUCACAGCUUGUGCCCUGCAGCUCAGCUGUGUCAUUCUCUUUAUGACUUGUGAGUGCUUCCUCCUAGGAGCCAUGGCUUACGACCAGCAAGUGGCCAUCUGCCACCCACUGCACUAUGCCACCCUGAUGAACAGGGACCGCUGCUUCAAGGCGGCUCUUGGCUGCUGGCUGUCUGGUGUCCCCAUGGCUCUGGGCUUCAGCACAUGGUUAUUUACCCUGCCCUUCUGUGGGAGAAACACAGUGGAUCAUUUCUUUUGUGAUGUUUCUCCUGUGCUGAAGCUGGUGUGUGCAGACACAGCCUUCUUUGAGCUGCUGAUUUUCAUUGCCAUUGUCACAAUCGUGCUGAUUCCCUUCUGUCUGGUAGCCAUCUCUUACCUUUGCAUUGUCCAUGCUGUUCUUCAGAUACCCUCCUCCCAGGGCCAGAGGCGAGCCUUUUCCACCUGUGCAGCUCACCUGGUGGUAGUCACUCUUUUCUACAGCACAGCUGGCAUCAUUCACCUGCGACCCAAGUCUGGCCUCUCACCCGACAUGAAGAAAUUGGUGUCCCUGUCUUACACAGUUGUCACGCCCAUGCUCAACCCCAUCAUCUACAGCCUGAGGAAUCAAGAAGUCAAGCAAAGCCUGAGGAGGUGCAUUGAGAAGUGCUUGCUGAGGAGGCAGUUGGUGACCUGCUGCACCACUCAGACACAUGCAAGUCUAUGGGGCCGGAUGGCAAACACCCAAGGGAGGGAGCCACUUCCCAUCAUUCACCAGCAGUCCUGGCUCACUGGGGAGGUCCCCAGCUGA